CAAAUGAAAAGGCUAGCCCCCACAUGCACAUCAAUACUUUAAUGUUAGUUGAAAAUCAACCGCUAUUUAAAGGGCAUCUCCUCCUCCGUUCUCCUCAACCAAUUCUCUUCCUUUUCAGCACUCUUUACGUUUAGAAGCAUGGCUGCUGCUUAUCUGUGGACUUUAUUUCUUGGCAUGCUGGUUAUGGUAUCUGGAACAAUGGGAGCUGCCCCGAGGAAGCCAGUGGAUGUGGCGUUCGGUAGGAACUACGUUCCUACAUGGGCUUUUGACCACAUUAAGUACUUCAAUGGAGGCAAUGAGAUUCAGCUACACUUGGAUAAAUACACAGGUACUGGUUUCCAAUCAAAAGGUUCAUACUUAUUUGGCCAUUUCAGUAUGCAAAUGAAGUUGGUUCCUGGUGACUCAGCUGGAACAGUCACUGCUUUCUAUCUAUCCUCACAAAACUCGGAGCAUGACGAGAUAGACUUUGAGUUCUUAGGAAACAGGACUGGCCAGCCCUACAUUUUGCAGACAAAUGUUUUCACAGGAGGCAAGGGAGAUAGAGAACAGAGGAUUUAUCUCUGGUUUGACCCAACCAAGGAAUUCCACUACUAUUCUGUCCUCUGGAACAUGUACAUAAUAGUGUUCCUCGUGGAUGAUGUGCCAAUCAGAGUGUUCAAGAACUGCAAAGAUUUGGGGUUGAAGUUUCCAUUCAACCAGCCAAUGAAGAUAUACUCAAGUCUAUGGAAUGCCGAUGAUUGGGCUACCAGGGGUGGACUCGAGAAGACAGACUGGUCCAAGGCACCCUUUAUUGCCUCCUACAGGAGUUUCCACAUAGAUGGGUGCGAGGCCUCAGUGGAAGCCAAGUUCUGUGCCACACAGGGUGCUAGAUGGUGGGACCAGAAGGAGUUCCAAGAUCUGGACGCCUUGCAGUACAGGAGGCUCAGCUGGGUCCGCCAGAAAUAUACCAUCUACAACUACUGCACUGAUAGAUCAAGAUACCCUUCAAUGCCCCCAGAAUGCAAGAGAGACAGAGACAUAUAAUAUAGUGUCGGAGACCAUAUUGGUGCUGGAUACAUUUUAUAUGAUUGGAUUAAUAUUUGCUUGCCGAAGAAGCCCUUCAAGCUCUGAAUCUCCACAGCUGCUUCCAUCCUGUUUUACUCCUGUAAUUGAUAUAAUAUACCUGAGAGCGUGAUUAUGGUUUCAUGAGGGCGUGCCACUGCCAUCAUCAGCCAGCACCUACUAAGGCGUUAUUCUCUCCGAUUCAAAACAAAAUGUCACAGUGGCACAGUUGAGAUCCUGUGUUGGUGUCUAUUAUUGUAAUGAACCAUUAUCUUAUAUUGCGAAUAAAAUUAUUUAUUAUUUGAUAAUA